AUUACUUACUAGGUUUGUGUUGAGGUCUGAGGGGAUUUAGAAAAAAGAGAGAUGGGAGGCAAAGGAAGAAGAAGAAGAGAGAAGAACUACAGAGCAGCGCAUGGAGGUCCCACCCGACUCCCACCUCCACCUGAUCCCUCCCAAGUCGACGCUUUACCUUCAAAACUCCGCAAGCUAAUCUCUUUCACUUCUACUCAUCAAGAUUCUAACAAGGUUUCAAAGGACGACUAUACGAAUUUAAAAGUAGACGCUGAUGCGGACAAAAAGGGCCUUCUGGAGAAAAAAAGGAAAUUGGAAGCAACUGGAAUCGAAGAUGGAGAUGCAGAUAGCGUUGAUGAAAUGCCGCAGAAUAGCAAAAAUGAAAAGGGAAAGAAAAAAAGAAAGAGGAAGGAGAUAAAGGACCUGCGAUUUGAGACUGAAAUAGGGAAUUUGGCUACCCGUUCUAAAAGAAAAGAGCGCAAGAAAAAGUAUUUAGAAGAAAAGAAAAAGAAACACAAGAAAGCUAAAACAGAGGAGGAGCUGGACUUCCCCGGAUGUGAGAAUAUAAAAUUCGGAGAUGUGGUUGAAGCUCCGCCGAAAUUGCUUGCAGUUCCUAAGGCAGUGAAGAUUGAUGCUUCGAAAGAGAGGUUACGUUUGCAGGCAAUUGAGUCUUACAGAAAUCGCAAAGGAUGGAACUCAAGACCAGGGCUUCAGCUUCCUCCAUUGACCACAUCACAGUCAUUAUAGUUGGUAUCAGCUUAAUGCAUAUGCAACUUAUUGCCAAACGUUUUUUCCCUUUUUCCUGCUUCUGUGACUUGAUGGCUUUCAUCUGUAAGAUAGAUUGUAGUUGAUGGUUCGCAAUGAGAAAAAGACAAACGAUAUAUUGAUU